UUGGGGCUGAACAGGGCAGAGGGAGCAUUGGAAUGGCACUCAGGGCAAAGGCAGAGGUGUGCAUGGCAGCGCCCUGGCUGUCCCUGCAAGGGGCACGGGCACUGGUCACCAGAGCCGCUCAGGCCCCCAGGACGGUGCUGCCCUUCGAAGCCAUGCCCCAGCGUCCAGGCAACAGGUGGCUGAGGCUGCUGCAGAUAUGGAGGGAGCAGGGUUAUGAGCACCUGCACCUGGAGCUGCACCAGACCUUCCAGGAGCUGGGGCCCAUUUUCAGGUCCGAGUCGGGAGGACCACGCACGGUGUGGGUGAUGCUGCCGGAGGAUGUGGAGAGGCUGCAACAGGUGGACAGCCUGCACCCCCGCCGGAUGAGCCUGGAGCCCUGGGUGGCCUACAGACAACACCGUGGGCACAAAUGUGGCGUGUUCUUGCUGAACGGGCCUGAAUGGCGCUUCAACCGAUUGCGGCUGAACCCGGAUGUGCUGUCACCCAAGGCUGUGCAGCGGUUCCUCCCGAUGGUGGAUUCGGUGGCCAGGGACUUCUCCCAGGCCCUCAGGAACAAGGUGCUGCAGAACACCCGGGGGAGCCUGACCCUGGACGUCCAGUCCAGCAUCUUCCACUACACCAUUGAAGGUUUGGACCAGGCGGGAAGGUCCAGCCUCAGAGACCAUGGAGUGGCCAGGGACGGGGACGGGGGGCUGGAGGGAGUCGGGGAGGCAGCCAGGAGGCUGGGGGCUGCCUUGGGCUCACAAUGCCUCCUCCCCACAGCCAGCAACUUAGCCCUCUUUGGAGAGCAGCUGGGCCUGGUUGGCCAUAGCCCCAGCUCUGCCAGCCUGAACUUCCUCCAUGCCCUGGAGGUUAUGCUCAAGUCCACCGUCCAGCUUAUGUUCAUGCCCAGGAGCCUGUCUCGCUGGACCAGCCCCAAGGUGUGGAAGGAGCAUUUUGAGGCCUGGGACUGCAUCUUCCAGUAUGGUGAUAACUGUAUCCAGAAAAUCUAUCAGAAACUGGCCCUCAGCUGCCCUCAACACUACACAGGCAUUGUGGCGAAGCUCCUGUUGAAUGCAGAACUAUCGCCAGAUGCCAUCAAGGCCAACUCGAUGGAACUCACCGCAGGGAGUGUGGAUACGACGGUGUUUCCCUUGCUGAUGACGCUCUUUGAGCUGGCUCGGAACCCCGACGUGCAGCAGGCCCUGCGCCAGGAGAGCCUGGCCGCUGCCGCCAGCAUCAGUGAACAUCCCCAGAAGGCAACCACCGAGCUGCCCCUGCUGCGGGCGGCUAUCAAGGAGAGCUUGAGGCUCUACCCUGUGGGCCCCUUUUUGGAGCGAGUGGUGAGCUCAGACUUGGUGCUGCAGAACUAUCACAUCCCAGCUGGGACACUGGUGCGUGUGUCUCUCUACUCUCUGGGUCGCAACCCCGCCUUGUUCCCGAGACCUGAGCGCUAUAGGCCCCAGCGCUGGCUAGACACCAAGGGCUCUGGCAGGAACUUCCAGUACAUGCCCUUCGGCUUUGGCAUGCGUCAGUGCCUGGGAAGGCGCCUGGCAGAGACAGAGAUGCUGCUGCUGCUGCACCACGUGCUGAAACACCUCCAGGUGGAGACACUAACCCAAGAGGAUAUAAAGAUGGUCUACAGCUUCAUACUGAGGCCCAGCACGUACCCCCUCCUCACCUUCAGGGCUCUGCACCCAGGGUCCCAGCCUGGCCACCAGCCUCCCUCUGCCUGACCAAGGCCACCCUGCUUCUCUCCCACUUGCACAACUUUCUGAGCCACCCCUCUGUCCAGGCAGCCUCAGCACAAAUGGAAUUCCUGAGGGCCUCCAGGACCUGGGCUUGCCAGGCUAAGCAGCAAGGCCAGGGUACAGGUGGGAUGAUCUUGCUGGCAGGGCCUUGUCCCCAGCCCCACCUGGCCCCUUCUCCAGCAAGCAGUGUCCUCUGGGCGGUUUGGCCCCACCCCUCCAGGCGCUGGCUCCAGGCUCCUCCUGUGGCCAUACAAGGGUGCUGUGAUCUUAUCCCUUGCCUUCCUGCCCAGUCUCACAUGUACCUGUCCAUCUCCCCCCGGCCAGUGCCUCUGUGCAGACUGUGUCGGAGUCAGUAAGUGGGAUCCCUGCAUCUCAGAGUCAAGUUCCCUCCUGCAGCCUGCCACAGCUCGAGCAUGCCCUGAGCGCUCUGAAAGUUGUCACCUUGGAAUAGGGUGCUGCAGGGUAGAGUAAAAAGGCCCCUGUGGUCCCUUGCCCUGACACAUCCCCAUUGUCAAGUGAUACAACUGAGUCUGGAGGGACCUAUGUCCCUGCAGCUGAUCACGUCAGCCUCGUGCCCCAGGCCUCGUCUUCCAUGGACCAGGCCUUGUUCCAGCAGCAGGCGUUGGGUCCUCUGCUUCCUGUGCUGUCCCCUGGGGAAGCUCCCGAGGGUGCUGUGAGGAGAUGGAAGAGUCAUGUAGGGUGGGAAGCUUGGGUGUGGUUCCAGAAAUGUUUCUGCCAACAGGAGAGACAGGACUGGGCCAACAGGGACUCAGAUGCCUUUUAUUCACUUGUUCCUGGUUGAUACGGAGCUCUGCCGUGUGCCACGACCUGGGGUGGGCACAGGGAGGUUGCGUUUCCCAACGUGAACCUGCCUGUGGUCCUCAUGGGCUCCUAGCCCAGCAGAGAGAGUGGACCCCUCCUGACUGGCCACUCCACAGUGCUCCCGUGCAGGAAGAGGAAGUGCCCAGGGUGAGAGUGCGUCAGCCAGACUGUCCUUAUCCCCAAGGAUUUUCAUCAGGGCAAAGGUCACAGCCACCAGCCCCUGGUGGCUGAUGAGGACCAGAGCUUUUGUUUCCCCAUGAAAGGGGAAAUCCCUAGGCCAUCCUUCCAGGUAUGGUCAGUAGUUCCAGGACUACUGCGGGACUCAGCAGUACAGGGAGAAGAAGUGCCCAGGUUGGGAGGACACCUAGCUAGAGUUCUUGGUGUUAAUCUACUCAGGAUGCUCUAAGAAAAUGCCACAGCCUGGGUUGUUGACAAACACUAGAAAUCUAUUUCUCAUGGUUCUGAAAGCUUAGAAGGCUAAGAUGAAGGUGUCAGCAGGUUCUGUGUCUGGCGAGGACCCAUCUCUUGGUUCAUAGCUAAAACCUUGCUGUUUCCUCACAUGGUGGGAGAGGGCAAGGCAAGCUCCCUGUGGCCUCUGAUAAAAGGACAUCAAUCCCAUUCAUAAGGGCACUGCCUUCUUCCCUCCCCUCCUCAGUGGACUUGCCCUGCCAUUACCAUUACCUUGUGACUAGAUUUCAGCCUAAGAAUUCUGGAGAGCAGACACAGAAAUUCAGAUUAAACUAUUUUGCCUCUGGUUCCCUAAAAUCUACAUCCUUCUCAUACACAAAAGACAUGCACUUCUCCCCAGUAGCUCCAAAUGUCUUAGCUCAUUUUAGCAUCAACUUUAAAACUGUAGUACAAAGUAUAAUUUAAAUGUUAUCUGAGUCAAAUAUGGAUAAAAUUCAGGGUACAAUUACCCUGAGUCAAACUGCUCUUGCUAUAAACCUAUGAAAUCAAAUAUGUUACGUGCUUCCAAAAUACAGCGGUUGGAGAGGUGUAGGAUAAACAUUCCCAUUCCAGAAAGGAGAAACAGGAAAGAAGAAAGGAGUAACAAGCUUCAGGCAACUCCAAAAUGGAAUGUGACAAACAACAUUAAACCGGAAGCCUCAAGA